AAAAAGCUUAUCAUCCGUUGGGGCUGAAAGUGUAGCCAUGGAGCAUACACAAGAGCAACCGCCGAAGGGCACUGGCAGCAAUGCCACCGAUGGCAGCGGCACCGCGAAGCCCGAUGUGCCGCAGCCGCUAGUCAAUGUGCCACAAGCGGCCGCGCCGCGCGCCACCUCGCCAGCGGACCCCGCAGCACAGUCCACAACGCCCACGCCCAACACCAACAGCACAAGCACCGCCACCACCACGGGCCCAACGCCCGCCGCGCGCCACCCCGCCCACCCCCCGCCGCCCAGCGUGCCGCACCCUGCCCUGCCCGAGGCCGAGCAGGAGGAGAUGCGGCUGCUGAGCCGGGCGCUGGACGCGGGGUGCAGCCUGCUGCAGGGCCGGGGGCCCGUGAACAAGAUCCACCAGCACGUGGACGCCUUCCAUAUGUGCGUGCGUGCGCAAUGUAUCCUGUACGACAGCGCGGAUCCGGGGGCGCGGCUGAUCGGCAUCGAGUACAUCAUCUCCCGCCGCCUGUUUGAGUCACUGCCGCUGGAGGAGCGCAAGUUCUGGCACAGCCACGUGUACGAGGUCAAGUCGGGCAUGCUGAUUGCCCCGGGCGUGCCGGGCCCGGCCGAGGAUGCGGACAUGGCCAAGGUCAUCAACACGUACGGCAAGACGUGGCACACGUGGCAGGUGGACCGCGGCGACCCACUGCCGCUGGGCCCCCCACAGCUCAUGAUGGCCUACACGGCCGACGGCCAGGUGCCGCCCGCGGCACUGGCGGCGCGGGACCAGGAGGUCGGCUGCGACAGCGCGCACGUGCGGCGCCGCCGGGCGCACCUGGCGCCCAACCCGCCGCAGCCGCACCCGGACGCCGACCACCCCUGGCGCACCGGCCGCGCCUGGCAGUGCGUCAUGGAGCAGGUGGACUUCAAGGCGCCAGUAGUGGGGCCCCAGCAGCAGGCGCUGCAGCUGCAGAAGGAGCAGGAGCCUUCUGGGCAGCAGGAGCAGAAGCAGUAGCGCGCAGCCGCUGUCUGUAUGUAGCGGUCGGGGGCGGCGGCGGAGGCAUGGGGCGGGACUGGGGGCUGGGGGCGGGCGGCAUACCUGGGUAGGUGUCGUUGAUGCGGAAUCGAUCGUGUACGGCCUCGGCCUACGUCAGCCUACAGGGAAAGACAGGGCGGGGUGUAGGGCACACGGGGGAGGCACCCUAGGCGGGGUGUGGGGUGAAGCUCGAGUGCGAACCUGGACCGGCAUCAUGGGGGGAGCACCACCUUUAGUUCACGCUGGGCUGGGGCUGCAGGGAGAGGGAUGGGCGUCGAACGGCGGUUGAGGAUAUAUAGGCCUCGGGGGUACGAGGUCCACCAGUGAAGGACCCGUGAAGGACCCGUGAAGAGCCGAUUCGGC